AUGUCGAAACAUUGCAGUGUUUUGCAUUGUAAGUUUUUCGUCUUUUAACAUAUUUUUAAUAAUGAGAUGCUCGUUUUUAAGAUGAUAUAUUCGUUUUUAUUUUGCAGACAAUGCCAAAUUUUCGCGGAUCGCGGCGAAUAUCUUGCUGUUCGCGACAAAGCUUUCGCAGCUUUUUCGCGAAUGCUCGCAUAAGGAAGGAAAUGAAGGAAAGUGAUGCGCUACUGCAUCUUCUGAAAGUCGUGGUGAGGAACAAUUAUUAUUGGAUAGUAAGAAAUGAAAUUGUUUAAAGGCGAAAAAUAGCCGAUCUGGGUCCACGGGAGUGUACGAGACGCUGAACAGUCAAGGUCGCUUCUCGAACUCGCUGCAGUUCCACCUCCAAUGGGCUGAAUCACACGGCCAAAAAAAAGACCUGGAAGGCUUCAAAAAGGUUUUUCCUGUUCAGAUUUGAAGGUUAAAAUCGUUUUUAUAGGUAUUGGAUUUGGCUCGAGAUCGCCUCGUCGGCAAACAAUCGCUCGAAAAUUUGGAAUCCGGAUUCAGGUCAGUUUCUUUAUUCUUGAUUAAUAAAUGGAGUUUUGCAGGGAUUUGGCCGACGAAUACUUCCCCGGCGACGUCGACAAACUUUUCAGUCAAAUGGACGACACGAACAUCAUUUUUAAGCCGCUGACACCGAACGGAAAUCAAAGAAAAGGUUGGAAGUUAUUUGUUUGCCUUAAGAAUGUCUUUUUUUCUCAUCAGGUCGACGUCGAUCCUCGGUGGCGAUUCUCCAGAGGGCAGCUGCCUCUUCGAAUCCGACGGCCGUCGUCUCUUCUUUCGGCCCAAAGAGUCAGUUUUUGGUAUUCUUUCUUUUUUAAAACUUGGUUUGGGGUUUCUCAAAAACACAUGGGCCAGUAGAUGAAGUUUCAUGUUGAUUAUCGAUCUAAUAUCGGAAAUGUGUGUGAAAUUAUCCCAGCUCGAUAAUAAAGAAUUCGAUUUGUCGGUGGUAUGAAAAAAACACCAGCGAAAAUUCAAACGGCGAUUUUUCCGAUUUUUUCAUAUCGCUAGGGAACUUUCCGACGGCCACCUUUCCGACGAAAUUUUUUCCGACUUUUUUUCUCGAUAAAAUCUUCGUUCUAAAACUUCCUAUAUAAAGUAAGUAGUUGGUUCAUGAUUAAAACACAAAGAAAUAGGAAAAAAAUGUUUAUAGAUGUUUUAUAAACAUAAAAACAUAAGGGAAAAAAGUCGGAAAAAGAUUCGUCGGAAAGGUGGCCGUCAGAAAGUUCACUAGCGAUAUGAAAAAAUCGGAAAAGUCGUUUUUUGAAAUUUCGCUGGUGUUUUUUUCAUACCACCGAUUUGUAAUAAGGCCUGCUCUCAUUUAAGAAUUUUUGCGAUUUUUUAUUAAAUAUUUUUGCAAAUUUGUUGAAGAUUAUCCCUCGAAAAAAUUUCUAAUGCGGAAAAUUUGAACAAAAGAAGUAGGCAUAUAAAGGUUUUUCUUUCAAAUCCAAUCCGUUUUUUUCUUAAUAUAAUAUUUUAACAUAAUUUUGAGCCACCUUGUGAAUUUUCAUUUUCAGCUAGAACCUUGAUCCGACCAGAGUUCAUCUGCAGAUCAGACGGCUAUUUCGGAAUUUCAGUGGAGGAAUUUCGAGCCGCACAGUUAUCCGAUGACCAGGUACCACCAGAAAUUUCAUCUCAAAAUAGAUUUUUUGUUUUUGUUUUAAUAUGACAUUUAGAUCUCAAUAAAAUUUUCCAGGGAGGAGAUAUGGACAUUACUGAGAUGGAAGAAGCUCAUAAUCCACAGAACGGCCAGACGAGACGCGAUUCUGGAAUCGUCAAGAAUAUUUUCGAGUAUUAUCUCUACUUUUCGGGCUUUUUUAUCCUUUUUUCUCAGGCCCUUAAAGACGAAUAGCGAUGCAGUCAUCCAGAGAAUGAAGGAGAUCGAAGUUUGUCUUUUUUUAAAAAUUAUUUUCACUUUUUAAACGUUUAUCGUUGGCUUUUCCAAAGACGCGUGUGUUGUUCAUGACCUAAAAAUAGAAUCGGAAACGAAUUUUUCACCAAGAAACCUCUAUUAAAUUUAUCUAUGCUUAUCUUAUAUUUUCGAACAAAUGAACAUAAAUUGCUGAGAACGGCUAAAAUAUGUUAGUUUCAGAAAGAAAACCGACGACGCAAGAUGUCGCAAAUCGAGGAAGAACAAAAAUCGGAGAAAACUUUGGACGACUCUCUUCUGGACAGUACCGACGACAAAAGACCGCGUUUCCACUCGCCGUUGGCUCCUGCCAAAACAAAAUCGAACGGUUUGAAAACAAAAUUCAUUUUUUUGAUUAGCAUAGUCUUGCAGUUUCGAGCCUCAGGGAUAAGACGAUCGUGUUGUCCUCGGACUCGGCGAGAUCUGGGACUGCUGCGGACAGGACGCUGGGCGUCGAUUCCAGUUUCACGCUCGAAAAUGUUCAUUCGGCGCAGAAGGGCGGUUUAUCCACGAAAGAAGGUCGCAAAACGGAGAGAACUUCAAUAUUUUCGUUUAUUUUUUUAGGUCGAACCUCUUCGCAAAAGCCGGAGAUUUCGUUUACUGAGACGGCCUACAACGAAGCGCGUGCCCUUUUCUCCGACACUGUUCAUCUCAAAGGCACGAUUCUUUCAAAUUUUUAGUGCUAGUAAAAAAAAAACUAUUUUUCGGAUCUCUUUUUUGGAUCUCUUCAUUUUUCGAGAAUUUCUUUAGGAGGCAUGGCUUUUUGUCCUUCGAGUAUAAAAAAUUCUUUCUUAUUCAUGCUGCUAUUUAAAUAUCACAUAUUGUAGACGGACGGUUCUUUCUAUCAGACCUACCAGACGGUUCUUAAUGCGAAAAUUUGAAAAAAAAAACCAUUACAAGUCGUGUUAUAUAAGGUCUAUUUGACAAUGAUGAUAAGGACUCCCUUCAGACGGUUCGGGAGGUGAGGAGGAUUUGACGACGGCCGUCAAGGGCAAAUCGCCGCCCGUCGAGGAAUCGUUCGACGUGCUCGACGAUCCAGAUCCAACGAUGCUCGUUCAUUCGGAGAAGCGUCAGUCCGACGUGUCAGUGUCCUCUUAGUUUCUCCUCAAUUCGACCGAUCUCUAGGCCAUCUUCUGGUUUGAACGUCGUCUUUGACCUCGAGUCUUCUGAAGAGUCUCCUCUUCUGAAGAGCGACGAAAUCGAACAAAUCGCCUCGCCAAUUGAACCUCAUCCACGUCAGUUUUCGUUUCAAGAUUUCUUUUUGAAAUUCAAAAUGUAUACUCCGAAGCAAAAGAAAAACUUAGCUUCAGCAUUUUUUUUUUCAAGUAUUUUUCAGCCUUUGUAAAAAUAAAAACUUUCAGACGGCGCCGAUGAGAGCAUUAUCAUGGGAAAUUUUUUCCGAAGGUCUGGAAUCUCGGCUGUAACCUCAACGCCAAUGGAAUCUGGUAUAUUCGUUUCGGCAGAAGGUUAUUUCUUUUCCUUUACUAUGAAGAUCAUCUACAUUCGUUUCAGAAUUCUUCGGGAAUUCGCAUGCAAACGAUGUUUUAAAAAGCAAGCAUGAAGACGACGACGGCGUCUUCGCGAUGCCAAAGAUGCCCCCAGCUGGCUUCAGAGUUCGUUUUUCUUUCUUCUCAAAAGUAUUCAAUCGCUUAUCUUUGCUUCAAAAUAUCAAAAAAAAAUAUAUAUAGUUACGUCCUGAUGUUUAAUAUUACUUUUUUUUUGCCAAAACUUUUUCCAUGGGGCUGGAGCGUAUUUUCAUACCUAUUUUACACGAUUUUCAUGAGCCAUUUUCUUCUUGCGAUUUAAUCUAUUACUGUACUUGCCUCCAUAAUAAAACCGUAAUAAAAUAUUCCUUUUUUGAAAAAGCUGAUUAUUUUUUUCUUUCAGAGACAAUCCUUGGCCAACACCACCAGAACGAACACCGCUCUCAGUGUCAAGAACGAAUCGCAGAACAAGGGCAAAAGUUCGAGUGCACUGGAAAAGGACAUUUCGGUCUCUGACGUCCUGGAAAGCGACAUCCGGCGACUGAGCAUCGGUGGCGUCGAAAAUAUCUCUCAGAAGACCGCCGAAGUCGAUCUCAAUGAAACGACCGGCGAAUCGAAACGUCGCAGAAGGUUUUUGGAAGGUCUGAAAGGUGUUCUGAAAUAACUUGAUUGCAGUGAGGUCAUCACCGGCAUGAAUCCCUGGGAUCCGAGCAUCCGGAAGAAGAUCAUGGCCUCCGUCCGACCGCCAACUCAUCUCCAUGAAUUCGAAGUACGAAAACCGUGACUUUUUUUUUGGGAAGUGGUAUUGACAGCUCUCUAGUUGGCGCGGAAAAUAGAAACGAGUUUUUUUUGUUCAAGCCUCUUUCGGUAUAUGAGAUAAUCGAUUAAUAGCACACAAAUGUGGAAUAAAAUUGUUUAGAAUCAUUAGCAGCUUUUAUCACUAGCAUUGUAAUUGUAAUAAAAUGUUCAAGGGAAUCUGUCCAAAAGUUCAAGCGAUGCGCGAUUUGACGGUCAGCGGAGAAAACGUGCAGAUUCUGACGUUGAUCGGACAAGGCGGCUACGCCAAGGUGUACAAGGGAAAGCUGGAGGACGACACUUGCAUCGCCGUCAAGGUAGCAUACUAGGGAACUAAUCGUCGGAAACUCCCCUCGGUUUGCAGUACGAGGUUCCGUCAUGCGCCUGGGAAGUCUACGCCUGCGACCAGAUACGUCAUCGGCUCCUGAAGAACGCCAACGCCGACCUCGUCAACAUCUCCAACAAUGCCGUCAUGCAGGUCCCUCCUAUCAUUUUCUCUCCUCUGGACAGAAAAGUCUUCAGAUCACGGAGGCCUACAUCUACAAAAACGCGUCGUUGAUUUUCAACGCUUUCCAUGAAUAUGGUACCUUGCUGGUGAGUUUCCAGAUUUUAUGUUUUGGUUUUUAAAAAUUAAUUCGUGUUUCAGCUAGGUAUUUUUUAUUUGGAAGCUCUCACAGUAUUUAUUUUACUGAGAAGAUACAUUUGAAACUUCAGCGCUUUUCAAAUAUUGGAUCUAUCAGUUUUCAAUUAUUUCCUUGCACAGCUUACUGUUGUUUAGAAAGAAUGAUCGUGUUUAAUUUCUUCCAAUUUUUGGCAGAACUUCCAAUUUUGCUAUGUCAAAAGUUAGGAGCUUGUGGUCAAAUUUAAAAGAAGGAAGUUGUUUUUGGAACUAACUGAAGUACUAAAGUUUACGAAUCACAGGACCUGACGAACUCUGUGCACGAUCCUCAUUGGAUGCACGUUCUGUUCGUUGCGAUCCAGAUGGCGCGAAUCGUGCGUUCCGUCCACGGCACUAUGAUUGUCCACGGCGACAUCAAACCCGACAACUUCAUGAUCACCAAGAAGUUGUUCAGCUCCUCGAAGCCCCUGAAAAACAAAGACUUACUCAGGAUCGACGCGGAGUUGUCGUCGGCGGACGUCCUGGACGACUACGUCAUCAAGCUCAUCGACUGGGGCAGAUCCAUCGACCUCGCCUCCUUCCGAGACAGCACUUUCAAGGGUCGCGCAGGCACGGAGUGUUUCGACUGUCCGGAGAUGAUUGUCAGUUUUUGAUCAGAGCAAAGAAAUUAAGUAUAAUUUGUCUAAUUCUCGAUUAGACGAAAGCGCAAUUUUCUUCAAAAAGACUGAAGAGCUUAUGAAAAGUUAUAUCAAUAAUACUUAUUGACAGAUCAACGUAAUCUUCGUAUAAUGGUAGAUUGACCAGAAAAUUUUCUGGUUUCAAUCCAGAACUAUUCAAAUUACACAAGGUUUUUUUCAAAAUUCUGGCGGAUAUUUUGACUUUUGCGGAAUCAAUCUGGACACGGCAUCAUGAAAAUAAAUUUUGAUCUUCGCUGAAUUUGGAAAAAUGUAAACUUUGACGUAAGCUCUCAGAAGAUUCAAAAAAGCAAGACUGAAUGAUCAAAAUUAUCGGAAGAGAAAUAGAAGUAGAAUGAUCCAUCUCAACGAGAAAGAUCAAGAUGAUGCGCAUAUCACUUUGAAAAUCUUUGGAAAACAUCAAAGUAAUUGCAGGACGGACGCCCUUGGACAUACCAACCGGACUAUUUCGGCUACAUCGCCAGUGUUGUUCUUAUCGCGACCGGAAAGUAUGAAAGUCUGAAGGUGGACGGCUUCAGUCUGGGCGAAUACAGACUUCCGGCUGUCAUUAAAAGGUCGAAAUCGUCUUUUUUUUAUUUUUGUCUCUAUCAAUGUCCUUUCAAGACGUUUGGUUAUUCGGGACAUGCUAACCGAAAUGAUUCAUCAGUUCCUCAACAUCCCAUCCUGCAACGAGUUGCCCAGCUGGGAUGCUGUCAUCGAGGUAAAAAUUUUAUAAAGGGGCUUAUCUAGGCUGAUUUGAAACGGAGAAACAGGCGUUUUCGAGUUUUAUGAUUUUUUUGAGAUAAAAAUGGACAUCGAGCACAGAUUUUGAGGAUACUGUGAUUAGAAGGUCUGAGCUAGGAGAAAUUUCAAGAUUCUUAUCUCAGACAAAAAAAUCUCGAGUUUCAACCAAAAUUCCUCACAAAAUUUAUAACAUUUAUCUUCAGUUUUAAAAGAACCUCUGAGCCAUUAUUGCGCGUUCGUUCGGUGGAAAAAAAAAUCAGAAAAUCGAAUUUACUUUUUCGAAUCGGCUAUUUCUUUGCAUGCCGACGGAUUCUACUCGGUUUUUCAGAAGAUGGAGAGUUUCUGGCACGCGAAUUUCACGGCGGUCGAAUGGCGAAGCGUCGUCGGCAGGUUCAACGGCGCGAUCAGCAGUUUCGCGACUCGCUGA